AUGGAUCGCUUACGAGCCGACGCGCACGGCCCUUGCCUCGGCAUACCCGAGGGUUACCUGGACAGCGUCGUGGUCAAGGCUUACCACGUGGACAUCGCUCUGGCCGUAGAAGAGGCGGCGUUCUCGGGGCUCGUCAGGAUUCCGGUGCACGUGAAGUCGGGGGCGGCCUGCAGAACGUUCUAUCUCCAUGCCGCCGCGGGGCUGCGGGUUCCAGCCGCGAGCGUGAACGGCGUGCCCGCCGUCGUCGUGCGGGGCCGUGCGACGAGCAUCGAGGUGCCCGAGGAAGCUGCAGUUUGCGGCGGCGCGUCGGCAGUCAUUCAGGCCAUCUCGAACACCCCGAUACUGCGCACCGAAGACGAUACAGCAGCGCCAGAUGAUGGAGGCUGCCGCUAUGCGGUCAAGACAGUAGUGUUUCAGCCGACCCCGGCAAUGCCCACAUACGUCUUCGGUUUUUGGGUGGGGGAUUUCCAUUGCGUUUCCGCGCGAGCCUUGAUGACCGCUGCCGUUCGGAGCAGCGACGUGUCUCUACCGCCGCCACCGCCGGCUCGUUUGGAGGAGGAGGAGGAGGAGGACGCAGUCCAGAUCAACGUGCACGUCGUGCGGGGGGUCGAUUUGAAAGGAGUGGAGUUUGCGUUGGAGUUUGCCACGCGUGCUUUCGAGCUGUUCUCGAAACUGUUCUCGGUCCGGUUCCCGAUACCAAAGCUGGACCUGAUUGGGCUGCCACAAAUGCACGGGCUUGGCAUGGAAAAUUUCGGGGCGAUCACCUGCCUGCAGGAAUACCUGGUGGUUACACCCGACACGACCUUCGUGCGACGUCGGCGCAUCGCCCGACUUAUUUGCCACGAGAUCAGCCACAUGUGGUACGGCGACCUGGUUACACCCAACAGCUUCGAUGAGCUCUGGCUGAAAGAGGGUAUGGCACGUUUCUUCGAGUAUCUAGCUGUCGACGCUCUGGACCCGUCGUAUCACGUGUGGAACAACUUCAUGAGCGAGGUGUUCGUCCAGGCAAUGCUGGCAGACUCGCUGGAGAACAGCCAUCCGGUGGUGCAACAGCACGACGGUGACAUCGCGAGCAUCCUUGAAAGCUUCGACACGAUAACGUACUGCAAGGGCGCGAGCAUCCUGCGGAUGCUGUACCGCUGCGUUGGUCCCGAUCGAUUCCUCAGAGGGAUGGCGGACUUCGUAGUUUCGCAUCAGUACCUCUGCGCGACUCAGGAGGACCUGUGGAAGGCAGUACAGGGCGUGUGUGACCGCGAUGGCGUCGCUUUAGACGUUCGCGGCCUCAUGCAGCCGUGGCUCACCCGCCCGAAGUUCCCCAUGCUCCGCGUGCGGAUGGUGGGCGACGCUCUCAGCAUCACUCAGCAACCUUUCUCCUUCUUCCCGUUUCCUCGCGGCGGGAGCUUUCCUCCUCCGAGCGGGGUCGACUCAGCAGCUCAUGGAGCUGUUGGCCAGGGGGGGAGCGGCGGGUUGGUGGUGAGCAGGGAGGACGGGGGCGGGCGGUCAGCGAAGUUGCUCCGGAUGGGUUCCGCCGCCGCCGGGGGGGCGCAAGCGCAAGGCCAGGCUAGCCCGUCGCCGCCGCCGGUGCCUCACAAGCCGCCGCCGCUUGACGAUAGCACGAGGAGCGAGGGUAGUGCGAGCGCAGCCGCCGACAUGCAGGUGUCCGAUGACGAGCGGCCUCCGGUGGCGGGGGUGACGCAAUCUGGUUCGGCCUGCUGGGCUAUUCCACUGCGGAUUCGAACGUCGCGGGUGGUGUUGCCGGAGGACGGAGACCUUGGUGCAGCGGGGAGGGGGGAGAGGCACCACGGCGCCGGGUCGGCAGGGGCAGCAGCAGCAUCGGGUGAGGACACGCACCGCUUCCUGCUGGCCGAGAGGUCGACGUCGGUGGCGCUGCGCUGCGAAUCGGCCGAUGCAUCCGUGGGCCGGGUUGAGAGUAUCGACAGCAAUGGGCGCAACGGAGGAGGAAGACUCCCCUACAUGGUGGUGAACGACGACCACAGCGGCUUUUUCACGGUCCAGUACGAGUGCGUGAGGAGCUGGCGGCUCGCCCUCGCCGCCGUGGAGCAGGGCGUCCUGAACGAGUGCGAGACGGUGGGAUUCGUCCACGACCUCGUCAUCGCGCUCCACGAGGGGGUGCUGCUCGAUCGCCGGGCGGCGUACUUGAGGAUCGCUGGCGCGCGCGGCGGCGGCGGCGGCGGCGGCGGCGGCGGUGGUGGUGAUCAUCUGAAGUGCGACGUGCCGUGCCUCUUCUCCCGCCUCGAGGAGGUGGUGCGGCUGCUAGACCGCGGCCACCCGGCCUGGUGCACGGGGCAGCUGUUCCUCUGGGAGCUGCUCGUCAUGUGCGCCUCGAACGUGCUGGGCGAGGUCUACGAGCUGUCCCGCAGGAGGCGAGAGGCCGCCCUGGUCCAGAAACGCUUGCGAGACACCCUCGAGUUCGAGAGACUCGUUGCCGUGACCGGGGGCGGCAGCAGCGAGGCGGGCUCCGCGCAACAGGAGAACGGGGCGCCGCGUCGACACGGAGAGAGCGGCCGUGACUGUGCCCCAGAGGGAGGAGAGGGGACGACGACCGUUCCGGCGAUGGUGCCGCCGCCGCCGCCGCCGCCGCCGGUCCUGGACAGCGAGGUCGCGUCCGCAGCGGAACGCCUGCGCAACGUCACCGCCGACGUCGAGCGGGCUUCCGCGGUGGUGGAGGGGCACGCCGAGUGGUACGCGGAGCGGGUCGUGUUCGGGGAGGAGCAGGCGAACGAGGGCCUCCAGUCCCUGCGAGCCAUGCAAGACCGGCUGGACAGGAGUCGGGCUCAGCUGGCGUGGGCUCAGCAGAACGGAGUGCUCGAGGCUGCUGCGGUUUGA